GUGGGCUGGGGCUGGGCGGGGCUUGGGGGAACGUCCUUGCCGGCCUGCCGCCGAUCGGGGCGUCCCAGCAGCCAGUCGGUGCGGCCGUCGGGGGGCUCGAGAUGGGCGGCGGCAUCAACCUCGAGAAGCACAGCCUGGCGCUGCUGGCGGCCAAGGGCGACGUGGUGAGCGGUCGAGCUGCCGCCAGCUGGGCCAGAAGCUGCUUGGCGGGGGGAGAGAGAGGCUGCUCCCCUGACUACAAGGCCAACGUGGAUAGGAGGGCCCUCUUUGCAUAUGAAAAAUCCAACGCGCUGAAGCUCCUGGACUCUGGAGGUGGGGGUCCUGAUGAACUUGCCAGGCGGUUCCAGAGCGGCAGUGUCAUGUACGGGCUAUGCCGCGUCCCAGAUGCCGUUACGGGGCAGCCACACGUUGUCCUCAUCAACUGGGUUGGUGAGACUGUCUUGGAACAGCAGCAGCAAGCGUGUGCCGGGCACCUGCCUGCCAUCCGGGCCUUUUUCAAGGAAGCUCAGCUGGUGGUGAAGGCCUCCCGGGCUGAGGAGGUGACCCAGGAUGGGCUGAGGCACCUGCUGUCCCUGGCUGCUCCACCAGGAGGCGCUGCCACCAAGAAGAUGCCCCUUGGUGACCCUCAGGAGCUGGUGGGCACCAAUUACAAGAAGACGAAUCCAGCCCUGGAGAUUCUCCGCUCCAAGAGGAGCUCGUUCUGGGCACAGGCUGAGAGGGAAGAGGAGGAGCGUCGGGAGGAGGAGCGUCAGAGGGCCCAGGAGGAGCGGAGGCGCUGGGAGCGGCAGCGCAUGGAGGAGGAGCGGCGAGAGGCGGCUGAGAGGGAGCGCCGGCUGCAGGAGAAGGGGCGGCUCAUCCAGGAGCAGAGAAAGCAACAGGCCCAGCUAGAGGCUGAGGAGCGCAGGAGGGAGCAGGCCCGAUGGGAGCAGCAGCAGCAGGAGCAAGAGGAGGGGCUUGUUGGACGUGGCCUCCUGAGCUGCUCGGCUGAGAAGGCCACGGAGGCGGCUGUGCUGGCUUUGCAGCGCCCCCACAAUCCACGGGCCUUCUUCCAUCAGAGGGAGCGUUCGGGCUCUGAUUCAGGCGCCCCUGAACUGCCAUCUCCUGCAGGAGGCUGGCCAGGACCCCCGCGCCGCCCCUUCCUCCGCUACCAGCGCAGCCUCACAGAAUCGGCCUACAUCUUCCGCCGCCCAGAGCCUUCUGCCAGGCCCCCGUCUGGAGACUUCCAGCCCUCAGCCUCCCCUCUGUUGCCUUGGCUGUCCAAGCCCCCACCUCUGGGCCCCACCCCUGGGGCUAGAACCCACCCACCCCCCAUCCCAGACAGAAGGACCCCCACUGUCCCCUCCCCACCCCCAUCGCCCACCCUGCUAGCCAUGGGGGGCCCAUCCAGUACCAGCCCCAGGGCUGAGGCUGCCUUCCAUGCAUUGCCAUCACUGGAUGCUCCCAGGGUAGGGGACCCCCCCUGCACUCCUCCCCCAGAGCUGGGCCCCCCCAACCCCUUUGCCCUGCUGGAAAUAGCCACUUCCCCCUCCAGUGGCCCUGAGGUGGGUGCAGCACCCUCCAAGGCGGGCAGCCCUCUUGACCCUUGCAGUGCUUCCCCACGCAGCAGCCCUCCCCACACAGAGUCUCCACCCCAGCCCCACUGCCACGCCACCUCCACUGAAAGGGGACCGGUGGCUCAGAUUGAAGAGCCCCUUCAGUACGAAGCUGCCUCUGGUUCCUCUGCCACGGGAAGUUGUUCUCCACUUGCUAGCCCCCGUGAGGCAGCCCAACCCCCCACCAGUGCCACGGAACCUGCCUCCUUCUGCAGCCCAGAGCUUGGGGUGCUGCCCAGUCCGGGGCCAGGUGCUCCCAAAGUGGUGGCUGAAUGCGAGCCCUCCAGCACCCCCAACGGGGAGACUCUCCCUCUGGAAAAGGAUCCUGUGGCUGCUGCCCCACCACCACCUGCUCCCAGGCAGGCUGACUCAGCCUCGUACGUCGGGCACAAUGGGAUAGCAGCCUUGGAAGAGAGAUGCUGGCACGGAGAGCAGGGGGCAGCAUCUGCUGAAGGCAACCUCCCACAAGAAUCGUCCGUGGAUCACAGGACAGGUGCCACAGCCCACAACGGCAACCAGGGCAGAUGGGCAGAGCCCCAAGGGGAGGGCGAGGACCCCUCCCUGCUCACAGGAGAGGCCGGAGCAGCCUAGUUCAAACAUUUGCACCUGUGCAUGCACAGACAGAGCGCGCUCCACAGGCUUGUUUCUGCUUGGAUGAGCCCCUUCUCACCUGCACCCCCCCCCCCCAGCCAAGCCAUGUUGAAGCAGCAGCCGCCCAAUAAAGCAAACGUGAACCGCC